AGUAAUCAAAACCAGGCUAAAAGAAACAAAGUCAUCGGGCAAUAGCAUAUCAGUUAGCGAGUUCCUUGAGCAACAAAUAGGGUAUGGAGUUGGCAAACAAAGUGGGUGACGCAUUGAACAAAGCUCUAAACAGCAACAAAGUGUUGAACGUAGUUCUAUUGGGUGCAUUUGGAUUGCUAUGUGUGAGAUCAGUACACCAACAAAACAUCAUCCAAGUUCUUGAAACAGAAAAAGAGUCUUUGCUUAAUUCUAAUAAAUCCAUGAAGAAAACUAUGUGGGAUUGGAAGCAACAGCUUUUUGCUGAAGCUGAUUUACCUAAUGCUAUUGUUCCACUUUCCAAGAUUAAAGCAAUCUAUGGUGAAGUCCAAACCAAUACAUCUUCUUCUGGUGGAGAUGCUCAAAAAGGAGAUGGAAAAUCACCUGCACCAGCAUUUGUUGUCUAAAAGCCAUUGUUAUAACUUGUUUGUGAAGAAGGAAGCUAUUUGCUGGCAAAAUAACAAUUGGCCUCUCAGAUCUGUCAAGUAUCAUGCUUGAGUUAGUAGAAUGGGAAGCUGAUCUCAAGGGGGAAAAGUGGUGUAAUGUUGAGUUUUCAUUUCAUCUUGUUUCUAGGAACUUAGUAAUUUACAGCUGUUUUUCCCUCUCUUCUCACGUACACUCUGUAAGGAGAUGGAGGUCCAAUUUUAAGUCGUGGUAUUACAGAUGCUGCUCACUUUUCUA